UAUGUGCCAAUGAAAAAUCAAUAUCAGUGUCUAAUACGAAUACAAAAUUGAGUAAUUGACAAUCGAAAUCAGUCCACUAGUCACUUAGCACAAAUGACAUCAGAUUCGAGUUUGAAAAAAUAAAACAGUUCACAUCGCAUGAUCUGUAUAACAAUGUUAAUUGAAACAACUUCAGCAUUCAUAACAUUGUUCGAGUGAGAACCUAAGUAAUUGACAAAGCCCCACUAUUUCAUGAAUGAAUCGCAUGCGUGCUAGGGGGAAUAGUUUCACGCAGCGCCCGUUAUCACCAAAAGCUCGUGGAGUGGAAUCGACUGCAGAGCUAAAACACACGUUUGCCGGGUUGGCGUUGGUCAGUUCCUGGUUUGCGAUUUGAAUAAAAACUAUACCCAAGGUGAGUCAAGUCAUCAGUGCACUCCGGUACAGUUCCAAUCCAAUCAAGCCAAGAUGAAAUUCGCUGCCAUUGCCAUCAUCGUCGCCUCAGUUUGCGUCAACUGGGUGAUCGGUGCCCCACAAUGCCUGAAUUGCCAGUGCACCAAGCCGUUCGAGGAGUACCAACUGUGUGGAACGAACUGUCCCAAGACAUGCGACAACCCAUCCGGAGGAACCUGCGCUCCAGUCUGCGUGGCUGGAUGCUUCUGUAUGGAGGGAUACGUUCGCAGCGCUGAUGGAUCCUGUGUUCUUCCUGAAAAUUGUCCAUGCGCCCCUAGCACUCCAGCCCCAUGCACGACCACUCCACCACCGUGCACUACUACGACUCCGGAACCAACCACUACUCCAUGCACCACUACCACUCCUGCGCCAACAACGACUCCGUGCACAACUACAACUCCUGAACCUACCACUACUCCGUGCACCACUACCACUCCUGCGCCAACAACGACUCCGUGCACAACUACAACUCCUGAACCUACCACUACUCCAUGCACUACGACCACUCCUGAACCUACCACUACACCGUGCCCUACAACCACUACCACUGAGCCUUGCACGACCACAACUACCACUGAGCCUUGCACUACUACUACCACAGAUCCUUGUACCACCACGACUCCUUGCUAGAAAAUUAUUGGCAAGAAGCCUCCUGAUACGGUAAACUGAAACAAGCGCUCGACUCCUCAGGCUGGUUACAUAAAACGUAACUGUGAUUGUAACAAUAUUUUCGGGAAAAGAUUUGGUAUCUAAUCAAUACAUCGACAAUUGAAUAUCA